GAGAGCGGCGCCCGCCCCGCGUCCGCCGCCCCGCCAGGGCGAGGAAAGGAGGCGCAGCCCUUGGAGAGGCGGCUGGAUGAAGGCGUGUGCCUCAGGGCGGGCUCGGCAGCCCCUCGGGCAUGAAGGGGACCGCGGGGACUCUGCCCUGUCCUGCAGCCGAGCGGGGACAUCAGGAAGACAGCUGCCUUCAGAUGAUACAGAACUCACUGACAGUUGCCCUUGCUUCAGUCCUACUGCAUGAGAACUUCAGAAGAUACUAACUGAGCAGAUGGUACGUGAACAAUACACUACGACAACACCAGGCACUAGCCUAGAGAGGCCGAAGAAUGAAUAUGUCUACAAAAUUGGAAUUUAUGGCUGGAGAAAGCGUUGCCUCUACCUGUUUGUUCUCCUCCUGCUUAUCAUCCUAGUUGUGAAUUUUUCUUUGACAAUUUGGAUUCUUAAAGUGAUGUGGUUUUCCCCAACUGGAAUGGGACACCUGCGUGUUACAAAAGAAGGUCUUCGUCUGGAAGGGGAAUCUGAAUUCUUAUUCCCUCUUUAUGCCAAAGAAAUCCAUUCUAGAGUGGACUCAUCACUACUUCUCCAGUCUACUCACAAUGUGACUGUGAAUGCUCGCAAUUCGAAUGGGGAAGUCACAGGCAGAUUAAAUGUGGGUCCUAAAAUGGUAGAAUUCCACGGUCAGCAAUUUCAGAUCAACUCAAAGGAUGGAAAACCACUUUUUACAGUGGAUGAAAAUGAGGUUGUAAUUGGCACAGAUAAGCUUCGAGUCACAGGGCCUGAAGGAGCACUUUUUGAACACUCUGUAGAAACACCACUUGUAAAAGCAGAAGCUUUUAAACAACUUAGGCUGGAAUCACCAACACGAUCUUUGAGCAUGGAUGCACCACGAGGAAUUAAUAUCAAAGCACAAGCUGGAAAUAUUGAAGCUCUUUCUCAGAUGGAUAUCAAACUACAUAGCAGUGAUGGUGUGCUUUUGCUCGAUGCUGAAACUGUGCGACUGCCCAAACUGCCUGAGGGUACAAGGGGUGGAUCCGGUAUUUCUCAGGGGCUCUAUGAAAUCUGCGUGUGCCCAGAUGGAAAGCUCUACUUGUCAGUGGCUGGCGUGGGCUCCACCUGCCAAGAAUACAGCCGUGUCUGCCAAUGAGGCACCAGAAAAAGCCGCACACCCCCUUGCGCAUCUGAGUUUUAUAUUACUGCUAAAAAGCAUUACUGAAAGAGUAUUUUUCAGAAUUUAAAAAACUAAGUACUUCAAUUUAGGAAGCAAAUUUGUAUCUACAAUUCUGGACUACAGGGUGUAAGGGGAAGAAGAGCACAAAUGACAUUUCAGUUUCAGAAGAAUGACUUGAAUCAAAUUACAUGUUCUGUCAGUAACACUUUGAAAACAGCCUUACGGAGAGCAUAAAAAAAUAAAACUAAUAUGUUUCCUUGCUGAACUAUUAUUCAGUUCAGAUGAUUAUGUCAUUGUUCAUAUUUUUGAGAUCUGUGGGUUUUUUCUCUCACUACUUGUAAGCACUUACUGUAUGAGUGGGUGAAUUUAGAUUGAGGGAACUACUUGAACUAUUUGCUAAGACAAAGCAUUAUUUGGAGAAUUCAGAAAGUGCCAGCAAAUGGUCUAUGCAAUUUUGUUCUUGCAAUAACACAUGAUAUAAAAAUGUGAUAUUUGUAUAAGUUCUCUGUAAAAGGUGUUAAUUUGCUAAAGCUUUCUAUUUUAAUUUGGCAACAUAUAUGCUGAUUGGCUUAUUACUGAGAUUCAUAUAAAAAUAACUAAUAGUAAAACCUCCAGAAGUCAUUAAUACUGUCGUGCGUCUCAAUUCUGUCCACUAUACAACAGAGGAAUAUGUUAUUAAAUUUUAUAAUAGCAGUUGUUUGUUCUACUGCCUGUACUGUCACAUUCAUUUAAAUCCUUUUUUAUUUUAGGACAUGCUAAUUCAAUAAGGCAAUUUGUUCUGCCAUUGGACCACUGAAAAGAAAAAAAGUGUGGCUUCAGAUUGUCUGACACAAGGAAUUGUUUUAGCAGUGGGGAAAAAAGUUCUUUUACGCAGCCCACAGGUUUCAAUUAACAGGAAUAUUUUAUUUCUGUCUGCAGCUGUUGACUGAUAUUUCCGAUCCUGACAGACUGGGACUCCAUCACAAAUGGACAGAAUAAAACUGCUCUUUAUUUUUUACAUUAGGACUUGGGUUACAAAAUAAGUGCUCACCAGAGUUGACAAACUCUUCAUUAACCUUGUAAAGAAAUACAGCUGCAGACCCAUUCCCCUGUACAGUGUUGCACUGAACACAAAUAAAUUGUUUGCACA